CAAACCAGACAGUUAUUGACGUGCAGAGGACAGACUCAAUGGGCAUUUUCCAAACGGCGUGUUUGCGCCCGAAGUAGGCCAGCCUACACUUCGGGAAGGGGACGCCACUCGAAGCGUCAUUCCAAACAAAAUGAAGCACACUGCCAAUGGGAAGCCUACAGUGGAGCCAUUUCCUGAUGGCAUGGAGAUGAUCAUGUUUGGUAUGGGGUGUUUUUGGGGAGCAGAGAGGCAUUUCUGGAAGAUUGCUAGAGUGUUCUCUACAGAGGUUGGCUAUGCUGGGGGCUUCACACCUAACCCCACCUAUCAAGAGGUGUGUUCAGCUUUAACCGGACACACAGAAGUAGUGCGAGUGGUGUUCUGUCCAAAAAAUGUCAGCUUAGAGAAACUUCUGAAAGUCUUCUGGGAAAGCCAUGACCCCAUUCAAGGAAUGGCACAGGGGAAUGACCAUGGCACACAGUACCAUUCUGCCAUCUACUCAUACAGCCCAGAACAGCAAGAGCUGGCCAUGAGGAGCAAGAACAUAUACCAGGAGGCUCUCAAUAGUAAAGGUUUUGGUGUGAUUACCACAGAGAUCCGAGAGAACACAGAUUUUUACUAUGCUGAAGACUAUCACCAGCAGUAUCUGCACAAGGUGCCUAAAGGACACUGUGGGUUAAAGGGCACCGGUGUCACCUGCUCUACUGGGGGAGAGAGAGAUUAA